AUAAAUAAUUUGUUUUUAAAGGAAUACGUCAAUAACUACAAAAUGAUGGGAAUGUGUUUAAUGUACCAAUGCGACAUGGGGAAAUGUCGCGAGUAAUUAGUCAGAGGAGAAAAUCGAUUUACGACGGGAUUUUAAUUGAUUUUUCAAAUCAUGCGCUUCCGCACGUUAUGUAUUUCUGAUGUAAAAUGUGAAGAAGUCUCGUAAACAAGGCGUAAGCGGGCGGAAUAACAGACAGAAUAAAAAACAACUCCCGCCACCGGCGAGUCACACGGGCGUGUAACGCCGAUGUGCUUUUAGUUGACCGCUGCCGCCCCGUUGCGUUUACAUUCUUUAUUACUUUACCAGCGACCGGCUCAAUGUCGCCCCAUCGCCACCCUCGACCACUGCGAAUAUUAUCAUAUCGGAGAUCGAGCGUUUCGCGACACGCUGCAAAAACAAAUGCAACACAAAAAUGAAUGCAAGGACGCGAAUUCUAACGCCGCCUGUAUUCCGGAUGAGUGUGUCCAUUGCGUGGUUGGAUCUUAGUAACAUUUUGGUUGUUGCUGCCGAGAUAAUAAAUAAUUGAGUGAAGUUGCACGGCCGUCGCGCAAAUUGACGAUUCCCGCCCGUUUACGAAGAUAAAUAGAACGAACGCUAUGCGCGGUGCGCGACCGCUUGAGUGCCACCCGCGACGCACGCAGUGUAUAUAAAGAGCACGCUUCUGGACGCUGCACCAUCAGUGCUCCAGGUCCUCCCUCGACAGGAGCGCCGACCCGAAGAUUGCGGACGCACUGACUCAGUCACCAGGAAGAGAUCGUUGCGUGCGGACGAAUAUACGUCGCAUACGAGAUCAUAGCGAGGAGGUGUGCGCUUGCGGAAAUGGCACGGUUUUUCUUCAUUUUCGGUUGGUGCCUUUGCUGCGCUGCGCUGGCCGCUGGCGUGCCCAUGAUGAGCGUCGUCGAAGCGGAGAGCGCUCCGGCAGACAUUGAGGAAAACCAACUGAAGAAGAGGAGCGCAGCGCCCGAGAGCAACCACGAUGACUACCCCGAUUAUCUUCUCGGCGUCAAGUAUGAUGAAUAUCCGAUGAUUGUCCCCAAGAAACGAGCCGCAUUGCUGAUCGAUAGACUAAUGGUGGCGUUGCAGAAAGCGAUUGAGAACGAGGAAGGAAGAGGGUUGGGCUCCAGGACGAAAAACUACUCUUUACGAUCUGAAGAUGGGAUGGAUUUGCAACGUAGAGGACAAAGUGUAUCGGACCAGAAGAACGGACGCUAUUGGCGAUGCUAUUUCAAUGCGGUCUCUUGUUUCUAGGUGUGCAACUCCCUACGCAACGAGAAGAAGAAAACCAUCGGCAUAGUUAGUUGAUCUCACUUCUUUUUUUACAAUCUUCCAUCAUAUCAUUGAGUUUUCCAAUCGUUUACGUUGUCAAACAAUUAUUGCUAUUUUGUACUGCAAACAUUUUUUAUUUAUAAUUUGCGAUAAAUAGGCGAAUAAACGUCAGAUAUUUGAAGUAAAACGUCCCACAUGAAAACAAAAUCUCAAAACCAAAAUGCUGAGCUUCUAAGAUUAAACUAUUAAAUUUAAUUGCAUAAUUUAAUGAAUAAACGGAACAAAAUAUAAAUUAUGCUGGCGGUGGGUAUCAAUUGAUAAAAACACAUUGGGUUUAUACAUUAUACAUACAUAAGUCAUAGCUAUUUAGAAACAUCUAAGUACUUUAUACAUAGUUAUUUAAUGCUAAAAUUAAAUAAUUGUCAAUUGAAAUAUUUUGAAUUUGAUUUAUAUAUAAAAAAAAAACUAAAAACUUGUCCAAUUAGCUCAAUUGUGGUGUGCAAGUGGCCAUUUUUAAUUUUAUUUAAUGUUUUUGAAUUCACAAAACAUAAAAUGUUUCCGUUGCAAAUCAAAUUAAGAACUCUAGCAUUUUGGACCUACGAGUUUUGUUCUCAUUUGAAAUAAAUUUUCUUCAUCAACUUGUAUCACUUAAAGCAAAGUCUCGUUUCUUUCGAGCUAUACAUAAGCUUUCUUGAUCUCCAUGCGGUUGACGUACGUAGAUGCUCUCGUACGUAAUAUGUAUUAUAUUUUUAUACUUCAGGUUAAAUAUUAUUUAAUUUACUUAUUUGUUGAAUUAUAUUAUCAUUUAAUACUUGUGCAAAUUUCUUCUUUAUUACAUUGCUGGCAAAUCUUUUGAGAACAUUAAUAAAUAAAUAAUAGAAGAGUAUUAGUUUGUAAUUAUUUAGAUUGUUUUAAAUGAAUAUUAUUUGUUAAAAAUUAUUUUAUAUCUAUAUAAAUUAAUUUGAAGUGUGAAAUUCAGAAUAUUAUAACAUUUUCAUGAUUUUUCAUAUAAGAUAUGCUUCCAUGGCAUCAAAAGACUGCGAUUCGUUUAUGUUGUGAUAAAAAAUAGAAUAGACUCGAUAUAUUUGAUCAGAUAUUAUGUUAUAUUUGUUAUUAUGAACCAAACAAUGUAGACGAAACAUAUAAGUAUGAAUUUAUGACCGUACUGUGAUUAAGUUUGUAUUAAUUAGAUUUUACAAUACUCAUUAAAUAUAUAAAACACUUCCUGCAAA